UCCCUCUUAAACUUCACUCAGUCAACCUCCUGUUUCUCUCUGAAGAGGCUCUGCUCUACUUUUCCCAUCUUUUGACACUGGCAAGAAGACAAGAAUUGAAGGAAAGUCUUGCAAGGGCAUAGAGCGUGGUUUAUAGGGAAAAAGACUUAGAGAGAAAAGGCUAAAGGGAGCUUAGUUGCCUUUGCCGUUGUCGAUCAGGAGUGGCUGAGUUGAAGAGCCCCUGUUGAAGUGCUUAGUUGCCAUCUUUUGCCGCCUGCUGGCCUUUCUGUCAACUGUCUAUGCAGUUAGGGGAGAGAACAACAGAGCAGGCUAAAGAAAGUUGACUCAUCACGGUUCGCUGUCUUCGGAGUGUGGCAGUUAUUUUUGAGGAGGGUGUUAAGGGAGGUUAGGGGUGUUAAGACUGCAGGUGGUGCUAGGGAGUUUGUUUUGCCAUUUAUCAAGCUUGGGAUCGGACAAGUAGCACUGAGAGUGUCAAGAAAGGCAACACAAAAAUGCUGGGAAAAGGACAAAGUGGUGGAUAUCCUCCCGAGACAACGAAUGAACUCUUGCAGAGCAUCAGUGCGGUGCCUGUCGACAGCAGUGAUAAGAAGGGCCUACAGGUGGGGGGCCAGCUGCAAGGUGUUGUGCAGGCGGGGCCUCACCAGCAGAACCAGCAGCUCCUCCUGACUCCAGCAAGCCUCCAGCUCGCACAGCUCCAGGCCCAGCUUACCCUCCAUCGCCUCAAGCUGGCUCAAGGGGGCAAUACAGCCACUGCCGCCACUGUUCUCAAUCAGGUUCUUUCCAAUGUCGCGAUGUCCCAACCCCUGUUCAAUCAGCUGAGGACUUCGACUAUGGUUGGGAACCCCCAGAGUACAUUCCCCACAGGAGUGCUAGGGUUUCCCUCUGCUAAUUCAGCCUUGGGGGCCUUGGUGGGUGGGGGAUUCAACCAAAACCCAGGGAAUGUGAGACUGAACCAUCCUGGUGGAGGUGGAACACUGGGCCAACAGGGUGCAGAGUAUGGUAAAAAGUCAGGGUCAGUGUACCCCUCCGAUACUGACAGGCGUCUUCAGUACAACUUAGUUGGGGGUACAUCUCCAGCAUCAGGAACUGCUGGUGAUGGUCAGUACUCAGCGAUUAACUCUCAGGUAAAAAACAUGAACAAUGUUGGUUUUCAGAGAGAUUUCUAUGGGCAUGAUAUGUUGGGGCAACAAACUGGGUUUAGUGUCAAUGAGCAGAACAUGAAUGUUUAUAACUCCACUGGGCAUAAGGAGCAAUGGAAAGACCCCGCUAACCCGAGUCAUACUGGACAGAUGGAUAUGGUUUCUAAUGCUGCCAGUGUGUGGACAGCAGCUGGGAAGCCAAUUCGGUCCAGAACAGAGCUGUAUAACCCAGAGGAGCCCACCCCUGACCCCAAAUUCAAUCCCAGUAGUGGGAUUUCCUCUUUUGGUUCAAGUGGCACGCAGGGGUUUGGGGGUUACCAGGCCCUGCGUGGAAGUGAAGAAGCUCUAUCUUCAGGUACCAGGACACUUCAGCCUUACCAAGUCAGUGAUUACCACGCUGUCACACCCACUCAACUGCCACACCAAUGUAGCAUCUGUGACAAGAAAGUCUACAACCUUAAGGACUGGGACCAGCAUGUGAAGGGAAAACUACAUCUGCAGAACCGAAUGUUGUACACAAAUGAAAGCUCCACAGCGGUAUCAGCUGGAGCUGUUCACUACGGUGUCGGCAGGCCUUCUGAUGGAGGUCUGAACACAGGAGGGACGAACUCCAUGGUGUACUCUGCUCAGAGUCAAGAUGCAUCCUCAGGAGCCAAUGCACCAUACUUACCAGCUCCAGCCAUGAAGACUUAUCCCAUAUCAGACACAGGAUUUGCCCCACACCAGCCAGAGUCAAAGACAUUUCCACCGAGAAAGGCAACAGCAGGGCGAGUCGUUCACAUCUGCAACCUCCCUGAAGGCAGCUGCACAGAGAAUGAUGUCAUCAACCUGGGACUACCAUUUGGCAAAGUUACCAACUACAUCCUCAUGCGCUCAACCCAUCAGGCAUUUCUGGAGAUGGCAUAUGUUGAAGCAGCUCAGGCCAUGGUUCAAUACUACCAACUCACUCCAGCUAUGAUUACCAAUCAGAAGCUUCUUAUACGAAUGUCUAAGAGGUACAAGGAGCUUCAACUCAAGAAACCAGGUAAAGAUGUUCAGUCCAUCAUCCAGGAUAUCAGCUGUCAGCGGGAGCGGGAUGAGAUGCAAGAACAUGAACACUACAUGCCAGAGAGAGCACGCUCCCGCAGCCCUAUCAGCCGCUCUCUAAGUCCUCAUUCCCACAGCCCCAGUUUUACAUCAUGCAGCUCUGCCCACAGCCCCCAGGGGGCAUCAUGUAGAGGUCCAGAGAGAGGCAACAAUGGCAUGGGCCCCCGCAGGGGCUCUUGGGAUUGGUCAUCACAUUUACGGAGAAGUGAAGACGAAAGGGAGAGGGAUGACCCAUGGAGAAACGGGGGCAGCGUGGAUGACGAUCGGCCUAAUGGACGGGCAGCUGACCGUCGGAAGGGUUACCAGAAACCCUUGGAUCAUAUUAGCUCAAGAUCUGCAGAUGAACGAGGAGGAGGAGGUGGAGGUGGAGGUGGUGAAGGGAUAAGAGCCAACAGAGACUGGCACCCACGAGGCAGCCCUCAAGGCAUGUCCUUCAACUCUUACAGGAACAUGGAGGAUGACUUCUACAUGAAGGAACAGAUGUACAAGUCUGACAAGCCGCCCAGACCUCCAUACCAAAGGCAUGAUGCAAAGUCAAAGAGAAGGGAUGGUGGUGACUACCACAGCAGAUCAAGGCAUUCAGAGUUUGAGAUGACUGAGGAGCCACUUCGCAGAACCCUGGAAGACAAGAGACAGAUGUCACCAGACAGGGGCAGGAGCAAGAAGACAAACCGGAGGCACACCACUGCAGAAAAACAUGACAGGGAAAAUGCUGCUGACAACUCUGAUCGCCAGUCAAAAGAAAAGUCUGUGUCACCUCAUCGAAGCAGCAAGCCAAAAGAGGCAACCAAAUGUAGUCAAGAUAGAGACACUGUGAAGGAGUGGGAAAGUGGAGACGACACUGAUGAAGAGUGUUGGUAUCCUAAGAACAUGGAGGAACUGGUCACUGUUGAUGAAGUGGGCGGAGAGGAUGAUUCCAUUAUUGAGCCAGAUCUUCCUGAGCUGGAAAAGUUUGUGUCUUGCCCCAAAGAGUCUUCAGAAGAAGAAGUUGUUGAGGAGCAUAAAGUACCAGCUUCUUCCUCCUCCUCGGAGCUGCAAGAGACAUCUAACGAGAAGUCUAAACAGGAAAAGUUCUGUGAGGAUGUUGGACACCAAGCAGAAACAUCUGUAACUGUGAAACCAGAGACUGUUUUGACUACAAUGAAUCCUGAAGACCAGAAACUCCAAUCACCUCAGUGUCCAGUGGCUCCUGCGCUACCAUUACCUAACCUUAGUGAUUUCCCAAAUGAGGAGUUCAAGGCUGCACUGGAGGAGACAUGUUUAGAGGACAAUGCAACCAAAAGCGGGUCAUCAGAGGAGUCAAUGGAAAAUACCAUUUGUGCAUCGAAGGACAGCAAAACCCUGGAAGUGGGACAGGUCACAGAAACAAUCAGUAAUGGGGUGCGGCACAAGGAUGACAGUCUUAAAAAAGAGAUUGAGGCCCCCUCGCCAUCUCAUGAGCAAGACAAAGCUGUCGGUGAACACAGCAUUCCUUUGGGAGUUGAGUUCAUCGUGCCGCGGACCGGCUUCUACUGUAAACUGUGCGGACUGUUCUAUACCAAUGAAGACACUGCAAAGACCACCCACUGCCGCAGCACUGUCCACUACAGGAACCUACAGAAGUACCUGUCCCAGCUGGCAGAGGAGAGUCUGUUGGGGACCCUUGCUGAACCUUCAGCUGCACAGUGACAGCAGCUUGACCUGUAGAGCGAACAACAGAGGAGAGAGUCAUGUAUAUGUGAUGUUGGUGCAUGGCUACAGUUAUGUGACACAUGGAAGCUAGUGAAUAUAAACAGUUGUACUGGUUUUGAUAUUUUGGUAGAAGGGAUUCUUGGAUGUCUUUAACGGACAACCUUAGCCAUAGUUGCUCUUGUACAGACCGGCAGCGUUAUGUAUAGCCAAGCUAACAUAUUUAAUUUAAUUUUUUGGUUUUUAAAUUUUCUUACAAUUUAGUUAACUGGAUUGUGUGUGAUAACAUGUAUUUGUUUAUGUUUUUGGAAUUGGAAUGUAUUUACAAUUAUUUCCAAGUAUUGAGAAGCCAAACUUUAUCAGUAUGUGCUUUUGUCUGUCCAUUAGCUGAGUUUAAAUCAAUUAUACUUGUCCUAACAAGAAUAAUACAUUUAAAGCUGCAAAAUGACUUGAAAUAUGUGCUAAGGAAUGUUUUUACUCAGUUAAAGAACUGAGACUGAUUCUCAGGUUUGUUGUAUUUGUUUAACAGAUUUUGGUGUAUAACUCAGAACACAACAUUUACAUUUUUAUUUAUACUUGGGGCUUUAAAGGCACUUGCUGUUUUUCUUUAAUCUUGUGCCAAUAAGAGCACUACAGUAUGUUUGUCAGGUUAAGAUGUACAUCAUUUGGAUUAAUAAUGAUGCAACUAUGCAAAAAAUGUUUGCAUUUUAUGUUGGAUUUAAUUCAUAAGACAAUCAAAGUCAUAUUUACCAACAUAUGCGAUGCCUUAAAUUUUGAAGACCUUAAACCGGACCACAUGUUUAACUUAACAUGCAAUGUUUCAUGUAACAGUGACUUGUUCAAAAGGAUUAUUAAGACAGAACUUGUUUUUGUAUACUGUGAAUACUGUGACUUCAACAAUAGUCCUUUUAUUUUAUUUUCAUAAGUUUUUUGAUGCAGCAAAACUUGAAUAAAGAUUUUAAAGUUGU